AAAAUGUAAGCCUUAAAGACAGUUGUCAUCACAGGAGCAAACAAAGGAAUUGGAUUUGGCAUUCUUGAGAAUCUCAUUCAGAAGCAGUCAUACAAAGUAAUCAUGGCUUGCCGAUCCGUUGAAUUAGCUCAAAAGUCUAGAACCUAAUUGCUCGAAAAAUACAAUGUAUUCAAUCACCUUAAUGUUCUCUUAGCUAUCUUAGGAUAGAAUUGACACCAUUGAGUUGGACAUAAGUAAUAGUAACAGUAUCGAUAAAUUCAUACAGGAAUUUACAACCAGAUUCCAUUAGGCUGAUAUCUUAAUUAACAACGCAGCUGUGGCUGUCAAGUCAGAUGACUUCAAUUUGGAAGUUGUUCAAUACACCUUUAAACCAAACUUCUAUGGCACUAGUAUAUAUUUUUCCUAAAUCUCUAAGUCGAAUUGACUGAAAAGUUCAUCCCUCUAUUGAGUCAAAAUGGGAAGAUCAUCACAGUAGGAUCAUCAGCUGGCAAAACAAAAUAUUUGAAAUCCGAAGAUCUUGUGAAAAGAUUCUAGAAUCCAAACAUCACUCGAGAAGAAGUGUUCAAAUUGGCUGAAGAAUUCUAAGAACAUGUUAAGAAUAGUAUAAUGAUAUAUUAUAACCUUAGAUACAUAUGAACAGAAUGGCUGGCCAAGUUGGGGAUAUGGAAUAAGCAAAUUGCUUAUCAACACUUAUGUUAAGACCUUGGCCUAGAAUGCUGAGGUUAAGAAUAAGAGCGUAUAAGUUUACACUUGUUGUCCUGGAUGGGUGAAGACUGAUAUGGCUGGAGAUGAGGCUGAAUUGACAAUAGAUCAAGGAGCCUUGACUCCAGUAUACUUGGUGGAAUUGCCACACGAAGUGAACCCUGAAUAUCAAGGGAAGUUCUUUUACCUUAAGAAAGUGGAGGAAUUAUGAUAGUAUAGAUAUAUAAUAUAUUAAAUUGGGU